CGAAUCAAAAGGGCGCGUCAGCGAAGACAACCAUCAACGACGUCAGAGUCACGAGAUCAGAGUAGUAAUUCAAGAUCGUCCUCUCCCCACUUUCGCGUUCAUUAUCAUGGGCAACGAAAAGGAGACGGAUAUAAUUAGCGUCGUGGAAAGAAAACCUGAGAAAAAAACUCUGCUCGAGAGAUACAACAUACCGGUGGAAAAUGUCUCGUACGAAUUCAUAUCGCAAUGCACCGAUGGGAGAACACUGGAGCGAAUCGUUCUCAUCUUACGUUCUGGGGAAGAGGGAGACUAUCCAGAUUUGACGAAGCACGCGGAGGAGCGUCUCGCUAGGAUUAAACCGACAAGCGCUCUUUUGAGAAAGGCGGAGCCAGUUUUGAGACGAAAUAUGUUAAAUGCGAACGAACAGCAGGAAAUCGACGACGACAUCAGCAAUUGGAUGUGCGAGAUGCAAUCUCGUGAGAAAGAUUUGGACGAAGGAAAAGUUAUCCUUACUGACGAGCCCUGUCUACAGCCAGAAAUUCGACAGAUAAAAACAAAUAUUACAAAGGCUAAAAAAACGAAGAUCAACGAGAAAAAAUGCAAACCCAAACGAAUUGCCUCGUGUGAUUAUGGGGCUUGGGAUAAAUACGACGUUGACACAGAAAUAAACAGGAUAGACCUGCAAGACGAGCAACGACAGGCCGAAAUGAAGAGAAUCCAGGAACAGCGAAAAGAACUAGAUAAAAUGGCAUAUAAAACGACAGUUGAUAAACCUUCAUUAACUGGUACGGAACUUAACGUAAUGGCGGAACAAGAAAGAGAAAAAGGGAAUGAAGCUUUCAGAGCGGCUGAUUACGAGGAAGCUCUUCGGCAUUACAACGCUAGCAUCGACAUAAACUCAAAUCUAAAUGCCUACAACAAUCGUGCUAUGACAUUUAUAAAGCUGCAGCAUUAUAAGGACGCGCUUAACGACUGCAACACGGUACUCAGUAUGGAUUACAGAAAUAUCAAAGCGCUCCUUCGUCGAGCAUUAUCCCUGGAGCAUCUAGAAAAACCGCACGAGGCUCUGGUAGAUUACGAAGCUGUGUUAAAAUUAGAGCCAACUAAUAAAACAGCAAUAUCCUAUAUAAACAAGUUGAAAAAGCCAUGCAAGUCGAGGAAAAUAAGGAUGAAGAUCGAAGAAAAUAUGAACGAUGAUGAAAACAAGAGCGAGCAUAUAAAAACGAAGAGAACUGUGAAAACAAACAGCAUCGAGUAUUCAAAACUGAGUGUUAACAGCGAUAUAUGUUAUUGCGACAGAGCGCCAGGACCGUCGCGAAGUAUUGCAACGAAACCGCAUUUAAAAGCGAGUUACUGCGUGGAAACCAAGAGCAACAAAGUGAUGGCAGUAGAAGCAGCAGUAGCGGAUACCGUAGCAAAUAAAAGCAACGAGAAAACAACACGCGAUUCAUCGAGCGGUGAUAAAUUAUCACCUGUUGCGAGGAAUUUCGGCGCCAAAAAUAAAACGACGAGAUCGCAAGACUUCGAGAGCGAGGAUAUUUUCACGAUUUCACGCGAAUCAUUUCCCGGACUACGUGGCGCAAAGGGUAGAUUGGAGAAGUCGAUCUUUUCAUGCGUGUCGUCGCCUAUGAAUAAAACGAAGCCAUCCACAGUUAUCAUUGAAGAGCUUCCGAGCGACGAAGCGUACGAGAAAUCGAUGGAACCUGCCAACUCUGGCAAAGUAAAGAAAGAAGCAAAGAAAGGAACGAGUCCGGUAGAAGAAAAAAAUGCAACAAAGAAAUCAUGUACGAAUAAAAAUAAGGAAUCAAUCUUUCUCGAAAAAGAGAGUAAAACUGAAACAAACUCAAAGUAUAGCCAAAUUCAGGCUGAUAAGUAUGAGAAAUCAAAGACUAGCGGUAACGAAGUAAGGAUAAAAAUGAAAAAAAAGACAAAAGAGGAGAGUGAUAUGCUGUUAAAUCAAAAAUCAAAUAUAGACAAGAACAAAAAAUUAACUUCUGGAAAGGAAGGCAAGACUAAAGCGAGUACAUUUAACAAAAUUAUUACUAACGAGUGUCAAAUAAAAAACAAAUUGGAAAUGGAUUUUCAGAAACUGAACAUCGAAUCUCCUUACGAAUUUUUAUGUCUAUGGCAGUCUCUGAAGGAUGAUGUUAAUCUAGAGUUGCACGCAAAACUUUUGCGAUGUAUAGCACACGAGGACAUGAAUAAAAUUAUAGGCAACAAAUUAGAUGCAGCGAUGUUCAGCCUCAUUUUGCGUUGCUUGGAUCAACAAUUUUGUACGCCGAAAGACACGGAAUUGCUCACGAAUCUGUUAUACUCUCUGAGCCGAUUGAGUCGGUUCUCCAUUAUCAGUAUGUUCAUGGAUUCUGGGGAUAAAAAAGCCCUGGGAAAUAUAUUACGUUUCCUAGAAAAGGAGAAUUCACCCAAGGUCUCGCAAUUACGUCAGAUCUAUGUUACUUGAAGACCGCAUUAGCGUCAUCGAAUACCUAUAUGAAUACACGUUAAUCUCGAAUAAUUUAAUUAUUUAACAAAAAGGACGGAAUGCAAAUUUAAUACAUUGCAAACAGGAAUACGUUCCGUUUCAUGCAUGAUACGCAUUAUAUAUCACUUUAUUUUUGUUGUUCACUGAAUAUUAAAAAGAAUAAAAUGAUAUAUCAUAAAACGGAGCGCACCCCAGAAAUGUAAAUGUAGAAUACUCACAAUGAGCAGAAUAUCUCGGUAGGCGACAAGCGGCAAUUUUCCGCACAAUUAUGUUAAAUCUAUUACUUGAAAACUGCGUUAAAGUUAUCGAAUAUCUACAUAUAUGUACAUAUACAUUAACUCUGAAUAAUUUGAUUUUAACAAAAAAAAAAGACAAAAUGUGCAAAUUUGAUACAUUAGUUGCUUUCCAUUUAUACCAAUUCUCAGAUAAUUCUCACUUGUGUCGUCAUAACUCAGUUGAAUGCGCAUUCCUUUUACAUUCUGACAAAUGAGAUUCAACUGAAUUUUUACUUAUAAUCUGCCUAUAAGGCCCAGUUUCACAACUGAUAUGUUACUUAACUCUUUACUGAUUCUACAAUGAGUCGGUAGUUGGUAGUCCUAAGUCCUUAUCAGUGAAGUUGACCAAUAGACAAUUGUACAACCGACAUUGAUUGGUCAA